AUGAGCAAAAUACUUGGUAGUAUUACCGGCACAUUAGGACGAUUGUUCAAAAAUCUCUUACCAAACUGGGGAGACCCGACGCCACCCAAGUUACCCGAACCUUCCGAGCUACCAGUACCAGAAGAAGAGCCGGGGUUGGAAGAGGAGGGGAAAAGCGACUAUGAGACCGCUUUAACCUACCAAAAUACUGAAACAAGAUGGUAUUCAGCAAUCCAGAGAUUCCUGUUCUGGAAAAAGCAAGGUAAUAAUAUUGAGUUCUAUGAUAAAAAUUGGUUUGUAAUCAAAGCCAAUCUGAAUGAAACACUUCAGGAAGCCUAUAAACGUUAUAAUGAAGAAGCUGAAGCAAUAUUAUGCAUAUAUUGGCCAAUAGGGGCAGGUGAGUUUAGAACAUUCUCACAUAUUAACACAGAUCCUAUUAGCUAUAAUCUGAAAUAUAGAAUUUAUCAUGCAAAUAUAGAAGGCCAUCUAGUGAAUCAUAAAUGUACAAGAACAUUUCGCUAUAAUCCUGCAGAAUAUUAUACCCACUAUGACUUACAAUUGGCAAUAGACCUGGGUCUUCACAUAGAAUUAUCUUCCGAAAGUCCUAAUGCUCUAAUAUUCGGGCAAAAUCAGCUCAUGAGCGGGCAUGAUAUUUUCUAUCAAUGGGCAAGUUACCUUACAAUAAUUAAGAAUGAAGGUGGACAGGCAGGAAAAGUAGCUAAGCAUAUGUUAGUAUCUCUCUGGGGACGAUUAUACUCAGAUGAGAGAAGACCAGGACCUCAUCAGC